UUGCAUUAAUACAACCCCACAGCCCUAAUUGUAAACUCAGUAUCCGUUCCUCUGUCUCUCCCUCGCGAGCGCAACCAACCACUGCCCAGAGCGUCAACGUCGUUGUUUCUAGCCGGAAAAGAAACAAGCUCCGUCACCGUCGUUCUGCUUUCAGUCAGAAUCUCGGGCGUCAAUCAACUUGUCAUCCAACAAUUCCGUAGCUCUGCUGUCGUUGGACUCGUCUCAGUCAUCGCUCAACUCGCCGUUUGGUUUGAAAAAUAUCUUAAACCACACCAAACUAGACCAUGCACACCCCUAAAAGAGACCAAGGAUGCUUCUUAAGGACUUGGGAUUAGAGUUACACUCUCAUAGCCUCAAGGUCCUGCUUUUGUAUUGGAGUGAAAGAUGACUUUGUCAGACGAAGAAAUCAAAAGGCUCUUUAGAAUCAGGAAGACCGUGAUGCAGAUGCUGAGGGAUCGGGGUUACUUUGUUGGAGACUUUGAGAUUAAUAUGACCAAAGAACAGUUCCUUUCGAAAUAUGGUGAGAACAUGAAGAGGGAGGACCUCGUUAUCAAUAAAGCAAUGCGAAACAAUAGCUCUGAUCAGAUUUAUGUUUUCUUUCCUGAAGAACAAAAAGUUGGGGUUAAGACAAUGAAGACUUAUACCAAUCGAAUGAAAUCAGAGAAUGUGUUCAGAGCAAUUUUGGUGGUUCAACAGAACUUGACUCCCUUUGCACGGACAUGUAUAAACGAGAUCUCUGCAAAAUUCCAAUUGGAAGUUUUCCAGGAGGCAGAGCUUUUAGUCAACAUCAAAGAGCAUGUUCUUGUUCCUGAGCAUCAGGUGCUUGCUAAUGAAGAGAAGAAGACAUUGCUGAAGAGGUACACAGUGAAGGAAACACAGUUGCCUCGCAUUCAAGUGAGUGAUCCAAUUGCAAGAUAUUACGGACUUAAGCGUGGACAAGUUGUGAAGGUUAUCCGGCCAAGUGAGACUGCUGGUCGUUAUGUCACCUAUCGAUAUGUUGUAUAAUUGUUUGUUUAAUAGGUUUAGUAAUUACUUAAAUUUAGCAUCAAAUACAAACCAAAGUGCUUUUAUCAUGGCUUGUGUCAAAAUGCAAAACAUAACUGUUGAGUUUUGGACCUUAAGACAACCUGUGAUAUUGGUUUGAAAAGCUUUCAUUUGUUUAAUCAGUGAAAUUUCAUUAUGGUACAAAGGAAAUGGCAAUUACUGGUUGUGGGGACAUUUUCCUUUCGAUAA